AUGCAGCUUCAACUUCUAACACUCCUUGUCUCUGGGCUCUCGCUAGCCGCCGCUUUUAAACCUGCUUCGACUCGGGGCACCGACAAAUUAGCUGCUAAAGGGUUAUUGAACCUCGCGGGUUACUCAAUCUUGCAUCCGCCCAAGUCGGGAUGUAACUUAAGCAAGGUGAAGUUACGGAAGGAAUGGAGUACCCUCUCUUCUCGCGAAAAGAAAGAAUACAUCCGCGCAGUUCUUUGCCUUCAAUCAAAACCCGCUAGAAGUACACCUCUCGCUCCGGGUGCCGUAUCCCGCUUCGAUGACUUCGUAGCAACUCAUAUAAACCAAACUUUCUUCAUCCAUGCCACCGGUAACUUUCUCUCGUGGCAUAGAUACUACACCUGGGUUUACGAGAAAGCGUUACGCGAAGAAUGCGGCUACAAAGGCUACCAGCCUUACAUCAAUUGGGGAAAAUAUGCCGAAGACCUCGAGCAUGCGCCCCUAUUCGACGGGAGUGACACAAGCAUCGGUGGGAAUGGGAAUUAUAUCGCCCAACCUAGCGGUCCUGUAUUCCCAGAUCCUGUAAACCCCGUUAUUAUAUUACCACCGGGAAAAGGUAGCGGAUGUGUUACUACCGGUCCUUUCAAGAAUAUGACGGUCAACCUCGGGCCCGGUUUCUUUGGCGCGCAGUAUCCCGAUGUGGCACCGAACCCCCAGUUCGAUGGGUUGGGUUAUAACCCUAGGUGUUUGAGAAGAGACUUGGGGUUCACGGCGGCUAAGAUAGGAUCUACUGAUCUGAAUUCGACGAAUUUGAUAACGAAGUAUACCACGAUUAAGACGUUCCAGGAUUUCAUGCAGGGAACGUUUUUGUCAGGUGGGAGGGACAUCGGUGUGCACACCGCUGGCCAUUUUUGGGUUGGUGGAGAUCCAGGCGGUGACUUUGCCGCAAGUCCCGGGGACCCGUAUUUCUAUCUCCACCAUGCACAAAUUGACCGAACUUGGUGGAUUUGGCAGAACCAAGAUCCCAAAGUUCGAUACAAGGCUGUGGGAGGCACGAUCACCAUUCUCGAUACGCCCCCAAGCCGGAACGCAACUGCUGAGGAUCCAUUGGAUCUUGGAGUACUGGCGCCAUCCAUCACUAUUGGGGAUGCAUUGAGCACGAUUGAUGGGCCUUUCUGCUAUAUCUAUGUAUAG